GGUCCAUUCCCCGUCCUCACUGGUAAUGGGACGCUCCUCGUUCGAGCGAGGUAUUGAUGGCGUCUUUCGGCGCCAUCUCCAUCCUGCGAGCGGGAUUUCAGACAUGCACUACUAUUCUGACGCGUCGUGAGGGAGACGAUAUCAAAAAUUUCGUCUCAACGGAGAAAGCUCGGCACACCUACUUCAGCUCUCCCCUCGCCAUCGUCAAGACUACCGUUGCCAUGGUGAGAUCCCGAACGCUCCACCCACCUCCCCUCGCUCCCGAAUUCGUAGGCCUUUCUCUGCUGUCGAAAUCGACGAUGCGUAACAAGCGGACUCCCUCCCCUCUCCUCACACACAAUUUCACAACGUACUCUUGGGAUUUCUGGAACGAGCCUCCGGGUCCCUUCAUUUCCUACCCCUCCACCCCCUUCAAACGCGGCCCCCUCUCUGGAUACCGGUUUAGCGAUCCUGGACGAGUAGAGCGAUCUGAGCGUCUCCCGCACAGCACAUGUCGAUGCAGGCGGAAUAACGGGACCCAAUUUCGAAGACUUAUUACUAGGGAAUUCCCCCGAGGAGCAGUUCACCGUGGUGAUGUUGACGUACCAGAGGAACAAGGUGCUGAUGGAGGCACUGGGGAGACUGGAUGAUGUGGCGUUUCUCAAUAAGGUAGUGGUUGUGUGGAACAACCCAGAAACUCCACCGGGUGAUUUGGAAUGGCCCGACAUCGGAGUGCCCAUUGAGGUGGUACGUGGGCAAAAGAGCACACAGUCUCAACAAUAGAUUUACUGCCAUUCAAAGAAAUAGAGACUGAGGCUCUGUCUGUCUAUCGAUGACGAUGAGCAUCUCCGACCAGAGAUGAGAUACAACUUUGCCUUCAGUGGGGGAGAACCUCUAUCGUAGUAUAAUUACAGAGAACUAAUCCACACUCCAGGUGGGAUCGAUCAAUACACAUAAGGUGAAACACAAAGUUUGGGUGAUAUAUAAGAAGGUAUUAAGCGAGAUAGUAAGCGGUGAUUGAUGUUUGAAAGACGAAAAUUAUGGAGAAGAAAUGAAAGGGGAAAGACAAGAGUUUGGAGC